AUGACGAUGCUUCAGACCUCUACGCCUUUUUCGGUUAAAGACAUCCUGAAAGCGGGACAACAGUUUCCCCCCGUCUCCAUGGUUCACUACCACAGCACCCCGCCACCCUCCUGCAUGCUGUCCCGGGACAGUCCUCCGACAACACUGGCCUUGCCGCCGCCCCCGCCCUUCUCGGAUCCCGAACGCUCAGUGUUCCUUGGAGCACUAGGGGAGGACGAGGACGAGGAGGAAGACACCACGGAAGGGUACCCACACGGGGAAGCACUACAGGGUCCCAAGAGGGAGGCCCCCGAUGGCAUGGGUGAGCAGGAGAGCAGUGACUCUAUAUAACUGUGCGGUCCUUCUCCCCGGGACGAGGCCCCAUCGGAGGACGCACGGCCUGCGUCUCAAUUGAAGCCGCGCAGCCGACGCCGGCCCCGGGUGCUUUUCUCCCAGUCUCAGGUGCUGGAACUAGAGCGUCGCUUCAAGCAGCAGCGCUAUUUGUCGGCACCCGAGCGAGAGCACCUUGCGUCGGCCCUCAAGCUCACCUCCAACCAGGUCAAGAUUUGGUUUCAAAACCGCCGCUAUAAGUGCAAACGGCAGCGGCAGGACAGAACCCUGGAGGCGGCCGGCCAGCACCACCAUGCUGCGCCGCCGCCGCCGAGGCGUGUUGCCGUCCCGGUGCUGGUCCGUGACGGGAAACCGUGCCUCGGAGGCGGCCCGAACCCAGGAUACCCGAGCGCCGCGACGCCGUACGGUUACACGGGGAGCUAUCCGACCUACGCUUACGGCGGCCCGGCGUACCAGAGCGACUCGAGCUGCGUGUACGGCGGCCUGCCCGGAGCGGCGUCAACCUGCCCGAACGCCUUCGUUAACUUCAGCGGCCUGCAGGGCCACUCUGCGCCGGUCGUCAGCCACCAGGGAGGCGCGCCGGCUACGUGCCAGGGCAUUCGGGCUUGGUAG